UAUCAUGUUAGGGGAUUCCCUGAUGGUCCAAUGCUUAGGACUCGGUGCUGGGGAGGAGGUUCAAUCUCUGAUCAGAAAACUAAGAUCCUACAAGCUCUGAGCAAGUUCUUGCCUGUGACAGUGUGUUUGCCAACAUGGCCCCCAAAAAGAAGACUGUCAGAAAGAACAAAGCUGAUGUCAAUGAGAUGACCAUCAUUGUGGAAGACAGUCCCCUCAACAAGCUCAACGCUCUGAAUGGGCUCCUGGAAGGAGGCAAUGGCCUUAGCUGCAUUUCUUCUGAACUGACAGAUGCUUCUUAUGGCCCCAACCUCUUGGAAGGUUUGAGUAAAAUGAGGCAGGAGGGCUUCCUUUGUGACUUAGUCAUUGGCACCAAAACCAAAUCCUUUGACGUUCACAAGUCAGUGAUGGCUUCAUGCAGUGAAUACUUUUACAACAUCCUGAAAAAAGACCCCUCAACCCAAAGGGUGGAUCUCAAUGACAUCGCGCCGCUGGGCCUGGCCACGGUCAUUGCAUAUGCCUACACGGGAAAGCUCACUCUCUCCCUGUAUACCAUAGGAAGCAUCAUUUCUGCUGCUGUUUAUCUUCAGAUCCACACCCUUGUCAAGAUGUGCAGUGAUUUUCUGAUACAAGAGAUGAACGUUGAGAAUUGCAUGUACAUUGCUAACAUUGCCGAAACAUACUCCCUGAGAAACGCAAAGGCAGCCGCCCAGAAAUUUAUCCGGGAUAACUUCCUUGAAUUUGCAGAAACAGAUCAUUUUAUGAAACUUACCUUUGAGCAAAUUAAUGAACUUCUUAUAGAUGAUGAUUUACAGUUGCCUUCUGAAAUAGUAGCAUUCCAGAUUGCAAUGAAAUGGUUAGAAUUUGACCAAAAGAGAGUGAAAUACGCUGCCGAUCUCUUGAGCAAUAUUCGCUUUGGUACCAUCUCUGCACAAGACCUGGUUAAUUACGUUCAGUCAGUACCGAGAAUGAUGCAAGAUGCUGACUGUCAUAAGCUUCUUGUAGAUGCUAUGAACUACCACCUCCUUCCCUAUCAUCAGAACACGUUACAGUCUAGACGCACGAGAAUCCGAGGGGGGUGCCGUGUGCUUGUCACUGUGGGGGGCCGCCCAGGCCUUACAGAGAAGUCCCUUAGUAGAGACGUCUUGUAUAGAGACCCUGAAAUCGGAUGGAGCAAGCUUACAGAGAUGCCAGCCAAGAGUUUUAAUCAGUGUGUGGCUGUGAUGGAUGGAUUUCUUUACGUGGCUGGUGGGGAAGACCAGAACGAUGCAAGAAAUCAAGCCAAGCAUGCAGUCAGCAAUUUCUGCAGGUACGACCCCCGCUUCAACACGUGGAUCCACCUGGCCAGCAUGACGCAGCGGCGCACGCACUUCAGCCUGAGCGUGUUCAACGGGCUCCUGUACGCAGUGGGCGGCCGCAACGCCGAGGGCAGCCUGGCCUCGCUCGAGUGCUACGUGCCCUCGGCCAACCAGUGGCUGCCCAAGGCGCCCCUGGAGGUGGCGCGCUGCUGCCACGCCAGCGCGGUGGCCGAGGGCCGCGUGCUGGUGACCGGCGGCUACAUCGGCGGCGCCUACUCGCGCUCCGUGUGCGCCUACGACCCGGCGCGCGACGCGUGGCAGGAGCUGCCGGCGCUGAGCACGCCGCGCGGCUGGCACUGCGCGGUGGCGCUGGGCGAGCGCGUGUUCGUGAUGGGCGGCAGCCAGCUGGGGCCGCGCGGCGAGCGCGUGGACGUGCUGACCGUGGAGAGCUUCUGCCCGGCCUCGGGCCAGUGGAGCUACGCGGCGCCGCUGCCGGUGGGCGUGAGCACGGCGGGCGCCUCGGUGCUGCACGGCCGCGCCUACCUGCUGGGCGGCUGGAACGAGGGCGAGAGGAAGUACAAGAAAUGCAUCCAGUGCUUCAACCCCGAGCUCAACGAGUGGACGGACGACGACGAGCUGCCCGAGGCCACCGUGGGCGUGUCGUGCUGCGCGCUGGCCAUGCCCAACCCCGUGACCCGCGAGUCGCGCGCCAGCUCCGUGUCCUCGGCGCCCGUCAGCAUCUGAGCCCCGGGCACCGCGGGGAGAGCGGGCGGCCGGUGCGGCGACGCGUGAGCUGGGGGAGAGGGAAGGAAAAUAUCUAACAUUUACUACGGGGCAGUCUUUUCAAGUCCAUCGAGGCACCCGUCUCGGGGGUUUGCAGUUGCUGGUGGGGCAUCGUCUAUCCCUCUGUCGAUUUUAUUUAUUUAUUUUUUAAUCUAAAGACAGAGCCAGAGCCAAGAGUCAAGAUUUCAGCGGCCACUGGGUGGCAGGCAGGACUCGCGGUGCGCACUUCAUCGCUGCAUCCUUUUUAAACUAGAGCGGUUACACCCACCUUGGAGAUGGCGCUUCCGCCUUUUAGUAACACAUGAAGCUUAUGUGAGUAAGAGAUCUCUCGUACAGAAGUUGAUUGUCCUCUUAUUUUUUCUUUAGGAAAUUAAAAAUAUUCUUUAUAGACUUUAUUUUAAAAUGGAAAUCCAUCUGGAUUCAUAAGGACUCAAGAUUUAAUUCUAUGUUUCAAUGCAAUUUCUUUUCCUAUGCGUGCCUGAGUAAAAGAUUUCAAAAGGCAUCUCAGGAGUAAAAUAAUAAAGCUUAAGAUGAGAGUCCGACUGGAAAGUAACCGGGACUCCACCCGGGGCUGCCAGGUUGACGCCUUGGGAUUAAGGUUGAUCCCCUCCUCCAUGCCUCAGGCCCUCCAGAGUAUUUCCUACCAUAAAAUCCUACUCUCAGAGAAGAAACUGACAUCAGUCAUUUCAUUUCUAGUGUAAAUUUAAAUCUUCUUCCUGUUUCUCCUGGAAGUAUUUGCACUUUACUUUGCUUCCCUGUUAAAGGGAUUGCAAAUAUUGAUAUUACUGAUAUAAUUGCUAACCUAAAAACUACCCCAAGAUGGUUAAAGGCAACCUUGACCUUCAUGUAGGACCCCCAGAAGAACAUCAAAUAAAAGUCUGUCCUUAAAUAUCAUUAACUUAAAGUAUACACAGCCCAAAGGUUAUGGAGCCAGUAACAAUAAUUUGAUUUCUUCUACUCUUAGAUGAGUGAGAAUGAAGGAAAUGUUUAGAAUUUCUGGAUUUGGCAGAAGUGGGAUGAAUGGAUUUUCCUGUUGGUAAAUCCUGUUGUUUACCAUUUCAUAUCAAUCCUGAUUUCUUAAUUAAAAAUCUAACACAUUCAUUUCCCAUUGAAAUGUUAAUAUAUGCCCAUUUGAUUACAUAUUUUUAAGAUUUCAUCUGUUGCAAAUUAGCUUUACAAAUGAAACUAUAUCCACUCCAUAUCCCUUUUUUAUUUUAUUAUGUUUGCCAAGUUUGGGAGCAAAGGAAUGAUGGUAGUAAAUGAUAUAUAUUUUCCUUUCUUAUAAUUUAUCCUUUUAUUCUUUGAUAGUUCAUUUGUUUUGGAGAGGAAGGGCCUAUCAAUUAUGGGUUACGUGCAAAUGGAUUUUGAAUAAAUAAGACAAAGUAUUUAAAUGGUGAAACAUGAGUAUCUAUGACAGUAUAACUGGGCUUCCAUGAACCCGCUCCUCUCCCACCUUGUGUAGAUAGGUUAUGGCUAGAAUUACAAUAUUUAUAUUUAAGAUAUUUUAUUUGAACUGUGAAAAGUGGUUCAUAAAGUACAUUUUGUGGAACAAUUUUAUAUCAUUGCCCCUGAUAGAAAGUUCAGUCUCUGCGCAUUUAAUGGUAACAAUUGGGUAAAGGCUAAAACACCGUAGGUUGAGAAUAAGACAUUAUUAAUAUAAAAACAUUGGGCUGUUUCCUCUCCCCAUGCAGGGCAAUACAGAACAGACCUGCUCCUUAAUUCUUUACUGUCCCAGGCUGAAAAAUAAAGCCGUGUGAGAAGCCAGUGUAUGGAGCCGGUUAUAUCACUGAGCUCUUAAGUCACAAUGUGCAACAUAUAGAUAGACUUUUGUCCUUGCAGCACUAGGGGUAAAAUUAACUUUUAAUUUAUAAUAAAUUAUUUUGGCCACGAUUUCCAAAGCCAACAUGAGGGUGACUGUAAUAUUGUUUAGUUUGCUAUGAUAUAUUCUUAUACAAUUGAGAAACCUAUAGCAGCACAUUGUUAAUUUUGAGAGAGAAAAGUGACAUAUUGUAGGUUACAGGCCAUAAGUGGGCAAUAAGUAGACAUAAUUUCUUGAGGCUCACCACGAGAUGUGUCUCCCACCGAGAUCUUAGAAACAUUUGAAGUGGGGAACCUAAGAUUUGAAUGAAAAACAAUCAAUCAAUUAUAAUAUUUUAUCAUGGAAGAAUGAGAAAAGAUGCUGAAAGUAGAUUUUUCAUCCAUCAGAGCUUGAUAAAAUAUGCAAAAAUUCGGUAGUGACUUCCUGGAAGAGAGCGUGUGUUAGAAUGGACAGAUCGUUUGAGAUGGCCAUUUAAUGUAUUUUCUACUUUGGUUGCCUGAAGACUCAGAGCAUACAAAUAUCCUCGCUAACCAGAUUCCUGGGUAUACUGCUGUUGUUUCGUCUGCCUCAACAGUUAGGUCAAUAAGCAAAAAACUGAUAGAAAUUUGGAAUUCCAGAAUUUCUGACAUAACAAAUUAGUAGGGAGCAUGGAACAUAAGGGUUGGUGAAAGUUUUACAUCUUGGAAUAUCCUGCAUGGACAAUUGAAAGACAUGGAACUAUAUAGCAUCAAAAUGAUGUCUGUCACCAGCCACAUGUAAGGGAAACACACUCUUUAACCCAACUACUGAAGCAGGUGUUCCUAGAAAACUUGACGGCGUCUCCAUGUUUUCCAACUGGAAAAUUACUUCAUUUUCAUUAUGUUUUAAACUUAUAAUCAAUCACACUUCCAGGCCUUAGGAUCCAACCCUGUUCCUCUUUUUAUUUUUAUGAAAGCCAAGGACUUGUUAUUUUUGUAAUACCAGAGUUCUCUGAUGAAAUAAAAGCAUUAGUUCAAUGUAUCAGAGAAAUAGCAGGCCACCCAGCAGCUGAAAUAAUAAAAUUCAAGCUCUCUUUUUUGGAAUGGGCCAGAGAUCUGAUGUGAAGGUUUCCAGGAUACCAGACUGUAGUCUGUCCAUUUUUAGUUAGACUUUUGGUGCCAGAUUGUUAUCCCUGAUGUGCUAGUUGCUUUCAGCAGCGUUGGAUGGGUUUUAUUUUUGCUUCCUAUGUUGUAAGAAUGGUUAUGAAUAGGAGGUCAGUGAUGGUGCAGAUGAAUAUAAUUCUAAACCAGGAUUAGAUGGUAGUGGAGUGUUAUGAGUGAGGAGGUAUAAUUGAGGUAAGAAGGAUGUGAGGAUGUACUGACUGGCUCUAUGACUUAAGGCAGAGCAGCAUUAUAGUAAGUGUAUUUUACAAACGUGCGUGUAGUUAGAGGUUUGCCUGGAAAUAUGUAAGUGUUAAGAGGUCCAUCUUUUGCUGGUUACCCUGGCCAAAUAUCUUUCAAAUUCAUCCAAGUUAUUAGAUAAAAGAAACUAAUAUCACUUCAUUUAAUUAUUUUUUUUCCAGAGUUACAAAGAAAUGAGUUUAUGCCAUCUACUCUGAAUGAGUCUUCUCUGAAUAAACUAGAAUUCCCAGCCCAGCCACUGAUGGUUAUAUUCUCCAGCACAAAAAUAAUUCAAAGGAAUUAUUUUUCAAUAUGUGCUUUCAUAUUUUAAAAAUUGCAGACUACUUUCCUAAACACUCCUCCAUGGUAAUUAUGAGAACUAAAGAUGCUAAAACAUUAACAAUUUACCCUUCAGCACAUUGAGAGGGUAAAGAUCAUUUAAAUGCCCCUCUCAGGGAACCAGAAAUAAAAUACUUGUCUUGAAUACUCCUUAAAAGUCUUUGUGUUUAUUUAGCAAAUUUUGGCCCAAAAUUUCUUUGUUUGCUUAAAACAUUCUUGUACUGUAUAAGGAACAACAAACUAAAAGGUAUAUCCUGUUUAUAAUCUCCUCACCAUCAAUAAAGCUGCAUUCAACAA